UGUGUUGCCCCCCCCCCACACGCCACAAACGCCCAUGCGCGGGUCGUCGAGCAGGCGGGCUGCGCGGACAAGAUGGCGACGGCGAUGGACGUGGACGCACCGAGCUCCACCAACAGCGGCGGCGGCAAGAAGCGCUUCGAGGUUAAAAAGUGGAAUGCAGUGGCCCUGUGGGCAUGGGAUAUCGUGGUAGAUAACUGUGCCAUCUGUCGAAACCACAUCAUGGAUCUGUGUAUAGAAUGCCAAGCAAACCAAGCUUCAGCAACUUCUGAAGAAUGCACUGUUGCUUGGGGCGUGUGUAAUCACGCAUUCCACUUCCACUGCAUCUCUCGAUGGCUGAAGACCAGACAGGUUUGCCCACUGGACAACAGGGAGUGGGAAUUCCAGAAGUAUGGCCACUAAAUGCCACAGGUACGCACCUGCCAUCAGCUGUUCCUCUGGCGCAUAGACCUACAUUAUUGGCUCCCAUCCUUCCUAUUCCCCUCUUCUUGGCGCCUCUGACAGCUGUUUAUUCAGAUUACAAGGACUUUAUCAAUAAUUGCCUGCUUUUUUU